UUCAUAAACAAAGACAGUCUUUCGUUUGGCACUAUGUUUGGCAGUCCAGUGAUUGAUUAGUGCUAGUGGAUGCAACUACGGAAGUGCAAAUUCAAUUAAGUUUUAUAACAACCUAUUUAUUGCAGUAUAAAUUGUACAAUAUUUGCCUUUGGUGCGUGUUAGUAGAUGUUGUGUUAUGCUGAAUAUUGUGUGAUAGUUUAGAUUAAAUUUAUUGCGUUGCAGCCCUCAAAUCAGUAGCCAAGAAAAUGCAUCCUGCAGUCGUUGGCCAUCGGGUCACAGUGGACAGCCUUAAUGCGGCCACCGGAGGAGCGGACGCCGUCGAGGACGAUCCGGACAGUCCCAUCGAAGCGUUCGAGCAAAGUAUGUUGACUAUUAAAACCCCACAAACCAGAGGCAACAGUGCCCAAGACAUUUGGCAUCGUCCUACCAGUCGUCCCUUGCCCAAGGAUGACGGCCUGAUUCUAUGCUUCGAAAUUCCUCACGCCCGUGUCCUUCCCCCCGCUCUAACCAGUGUCGAUGGAUGCGGAGCCAGUGCUUCCAGUGGGAAAAAGUACGUCGUGUACGAUGUGAGCGUUCGCCAGGACACCUCCGAACCGGAUCCCAAUCCGACCAGCAUAGAGAGACGCUACACGCACUUCCUGAAGCUGUACGAUGGCCUCCGUAAAGAACAUCCCCUGCUGGUGCAAACAAUUAACUUUCCCAAGAAGGUUCUGGUGGGAAACUUCAGCACGGAACUGAUCGGCGAGCGGAGCAUGGCCUUCGAGAGUUUCCUCGACUACAUUGUGUCGGUGCCUUCUCUGCGUGAUUCGGAUCAUUUUUUAGAAUUUUUACAAGGAGAUGAACUGAAGAAAGCUUGCCAACUUUUAGACGAGCGACGUAACGAGUACGCGGUGCCGCUUUUGGAGAACACGUUCCGCGUGCUGAACAAAAUAUUCCUGGACAAAUCCAAAUGUGUUCUACUGCUGUUGUGUCGUCUCGUGGCUGCAUGCACUACAUCACCAAUUCCUCAUCCUCUGGCGGAACAGUGGGCCGAACUUGCCCUCAGGCGCUAUGAGCACGUUUGUGAUACCGAUUUACUGGUGCUUUAUAUUCCACUUUUACAAACAUGUUUGCAUUUAUGGUGGCAGCGUGGUCGCGAUCGGUCCCUUCUCGAAGAACGACUGGAUCAAAUGGCUAAAAAGGGCAUCAAGGUGAAAGGAGGACCGACACUGACUCAAGCCAUUCACGCUCUUGAUCCAAGAGCCGAAACUACGUAACAGAAACAUCACGCUCUACUACGAAACAAUAUCGAGUGAGUAAUUUAUAAGUUGAUAACACAGUACAUCAUAAUUUAUCGGCAAUAUAUAUUUUUCGAGUAGUUUACGUUUAGGAACGAUACAUCCCAACGAUUAUCUUUGUUUUAUUGUAUUGUGAUUCGGUUAAUACUAAGCUCAUAUGAUAGGUUGUCAUAUUUAAUUUGUGUACCUAAAUAAUUAAUUGUUUGAUUAGACCUUUUUCGUUUUGCUAGAAAAUACAGUAUCUUCGUUCUGCAAACAUGCGAACAUUUUUUCAUGACAGAAACUUGAAACAUGUCAAUGAUUACAAGAUAUAGCUUCCAGCUCUCAGUAAAGCCAUGAAACACCAUUAAAAUAGCCAUUGUGACGUAAAAUUAAUAACAAAGGCGCGUAUGUUUCCAUAUCAAUUUUAUAUAGAUUAAGAGAAAUUCAAAUAUGCAAAAUACAACCAUGUUUAGAACAA